AUGAAGUUUUUCCAGGGCUGCGACCGUGACCAUGACCGCGCCAUCAGCAGCAGCACCAGCAGCAGCCGCCGCCGGCCGCCCCCCCUCCGCCCCUCCGCUGCCGCCUCCUCCCUCCCGCUGCUGCUCCUCCUGCUGCUGCCGGUGGCCGCCGCCUCCCCGCUCCCCGCCGCCGACAGCUCGGGGGAGGCUGAGCUGGAGGGUGCGGCGACGGCGGGGCGGAGGGCGGCCCUGUCCGACUGUGUGCAGCUGGCCCGGUUGCUGCAUGCCCGGGCGGCCCAGCUGCAGGAGGAGAUGUGCGAGAAGUUCACCGUCUGCGAGAACAGCAUGGAAAUGCUCGUCAGGAACAACCUCAACCUCCCCAAGGUGACAGAGGAAGAUGGGUGUCUGCUCGCUGGCUUCGAUGAGGAUAAAUGCCUGAGGAAAAUCUCCAGCGGGCUUUAUACGUUUACAACAUACCUUGAAUACAUAAAAGAAACUUUUACUAGUGAAAAGCAAAACAUCGAAUCACUAUGCUAUAGCACAGAGCACCUGGCACGAACCGUAAGACAGAUGGUGAUCAACCCUGAAGAAGUGACCAUCCCGGACUCAGCUACCCAGAAAUCCCUCCGCACAAAGCUGAAGUCCAAUAAGACCUGGAUAGAGAAAAUCACCACUCACCUCAUCCUCCGAGACUUUACUUCAUUUAUGGAGAAAACCGUGAGGGCUGUUCGCUACUUGAAAAACACCAGGAGUUUCAGUGUCUGAAUGUUUUAGUUCAGGCACAAUCCUUUG